AUGGCUGCUGCAAUACAAGGAAAUCAACGUCCAGACGAUCACCCGGCCGCUAUCUUUGCCUUGAUCGCCAUCCCAGCUGCCAGCCGCCGCCCCCUCCCUCGGUCGCAGCCGCCAGACGCCAGCCGCCGCCACCCUCUCCGUCGCAGCCCCCUCCCCUCCGUCACGGGGAUCGCCGGCAGAGUCACGGACCCGUCCCCUCCGUCGCGGGGAUCGGCCGGAAUGUCGCUAGGAUCGCCGGGAGCAUCCAGCCCCUACCCCCUACCUGACGAGCGCAGCCCGAGAUCACGGCGGAUGCGUUUCUGCCUCCCCGUCCACGUCGCCUCCUUCGAUCGCCUCUGUUGCCGUCGGUCAGAUUUACAGUUUGUGGUAGUUAAAUCCUUUACAGUAUUCUGUGAAUAUAUACACAUGAAUGACAUCAAUGCAGCGGCCAGAAUGAGGUCGGCAGUCAAUGAAAAAACCGAAGCAGAGAAGAUUCUUCACAUCAAGAGAGCUGAAGGAGAAACUGAGUCCAAGUAGCUUGUUGAUGGGCUGAGAGACAGCGUCCUCGCAAUCUUAGAGAAUGUGCACGGUACCACUGCAAAGGACAUCACGGAUAUGGUUCUGGUGACCUGGUACUUCGGCACCAUGGAGGAGAUUGGGGCCUCGUCCAAAUCCUCUUCAGUGUUUAUCCCCCAUGGUCCUGGAGCCGUCAAGGAUGUCGCCCAGCAGAUUAGAGAUGGUCUCCUACAGGACAAUACUCUUUAAGCGAACCUGGAAAAGGAUGCUUUCUGUUUUCCAAGAGUUUUGAAGUCCUUCAUUCUUAUCCUAAAACGAUAGUAUGCGAACAAUGUUGGGCAACGCCGUUAGUACUUUAUCUACGAGCAUGAAUUAUUGUGCUAAGCUAUGAAUUUCACAUGGUGUUUUUACCUAGACAAACACACUGUAGGAGAAUAUUCUUGAGAAUGGAUGUGCUUUGAUGUCCAGUCUUGUCAUUUCA